GCUAAAAUUUUGAAAUUCUCGUACCGGUUCAGAGAACUAGAGCUUUAUCCUUGCCGCCAAAAUAUAAACUCGUGUUACCUGUAGUCCACCUUCUACAAUGGACCUUGAUCUGCAUUCCCUGAUCCGCUUACUCCAAUCCUGCAACACCCACCGUUCAAUUCAUAAAGGAAGACAGCUCCACCUUAUCUUUCUCAAAAGUGGUCUCCUGAACUCCGCUCUCACCAUCGGAAAUCGCCUUCUGCAGAUGUAUGUGCGGUGUGGUGGCUUGAGUGAAGCGUGGAAAGUGUUCGAUGAUAUGCCUGAGAGGAACUCUUUCUCUUGGAACACAAUGAUAGAAGGGUGCAUGAACUCAGGGAACAGGGAGAGAUCACUAGAAUUAUUUGGUUCCAUGCCUCACAAGAAUGAAUUCUCGUGGAGCAUGGUGGUUUCCGGGUUUGCAAAGGCCGGGAAGCUAGAGGUUGCUCGGAGUUUGUUUAACGAGAUGCCAAGGAAAAAUGGUAUUGCGUGGAAUUCGAUGAUUCAUGGUUAUGCCCGAAAUGGGUGUGCAACAGAAGCAGUGAAUCUUUUUAAGGAUUUGAAUUCAGACGCUUCUGAAAUAUUGCAUCGUGAUUCAUAUGUAUUGGCGACGGUCAUCGGGGCUUGUAGUGAUUUGGCAGCUCUUGAUUGUGGCAAGCAAAUUCAUGCACGGAUUGUGAUUGACCAAGUGGAAUUCGACUCGGUUUUGAGUACUUCUUUGAUUAAUAUGUAUGGAAAGUGUAGUGAUCUGGAUAGUGCAAAUCAUGUUCUGAACAUGUUGAAGGAACCGGAUGACUAUUCUCUGUCAGCAUUGAUUUCAGGCUAUGCAAAUUGUGGUAGAAUGAAUGAUGCAAGGAAGGUUUUUGAUAGCAAAAGUGAUCCAUGUAUCGUGUUAUGGAAUUCAAUAAUAUCUGGAUAUGUUCAUAAUAAUGAGGAAAGUGAUGCAUUGGUUCUCUUCAAUCAGAUGCGGAGAGAUGGAUUUCAAGAAGAUUCCUCCACACUUGCAACUGUUUUGAGUGCCAGCAGUAGCUUAGGCAUUCUUGGACAUAGUAAACAAAUGCAUACUCAUUCAUGUAAAGUUGGGGUAAUUGAUGAUGUCGUCGUGGCUAGUGCACUAAUUGAUGCAUACUCCAAAAGUGGUAGCUUUUAUGAUGCAUGCAAGUUAUUUAGCGAGCUCAAAGCCUAUGACACAAUCUUGCUUAAUUCUAUGAUAACUGUAUAUUCCAGUUGCGGAAAAAUUGAAGAUGCAAAAUGGAUUUUCAAUACUAUGCCAAACAAAAGCUUGAUAUCAUGGAAUUCAAUGAUAGUGGCUCAGAGUCAAAAUGGGUGUCCAAUCGAAGCAUUAGAUCUAUUUUGCCAGAUGAAUAAGAUGAACUUGAGAAUGGACAAGUUUAGCCUGGCCAGUGUAAUCAGUGCUUGUGCUAGCAUCUCUUCACUGGAACUUGGUGAACAGGUUUUUGCUAGAGCUACUGUCAAUGGGCUCGAGUCUGAUCAGAUCAUUUGUACAUCCCUUGUUGAUUUCUUCUGCAAGUGUGGUUUUGUUGAGAGUGCGCGAAGUAUAUUUGAUCAAAUGAUGAAAUGUGAUGAAAUCUCUUGGAACUCGAUGAUGAUGGGUUAUGCCACUAAUGGUCAUGGACUCGAAGCACUGACUCUGUUCAAUGAAAUGAGGCAAGCUGGUGUUAGACCUACUGAAGUUACAUUUACAGCAGUUCUUUCCGCCUGUGAUCAUUGUGGACUUGUUGAAGAUGGAAGAAAAUGGUUUUAUGCAAUGAAAUCAGAUUAUCAUAUUGAUCCAGUGAUUGAACACUACUCAUGCAUGGUCGAUCUUUUUGCCCGUGCUGGGUGCAUUGAGGAAGCAAUGACUCUCAUAGAACAGAUGCCUUUUGAGGCUGAUGCAAGUAUGUGGUCAUCGGUGUUGAGAGGCUGUGUAGCUCAUGGGGAUAAAACUCUUGGAAAGAAGGUGGCAGAGAGAAUUAUGAAGCUUGAGCCCGAGAACUCAGGUGCUUAUGUCCAGUUAUCUAGCAUCUUUGCCAACUUUGGGGACUGGGAAGCAUCAGCACGAGUUAGAAAUUUGAUGAGGGAUAAACAAAUACAAAAGAAUCCAGGUUGCAGUUGGGCUGACAGUUAAAUGCAACCUUGGUUAUGGUGAGGAAGUUAAAUCAGGCUGGAGGUCCCUUGGAAGCCUUCCACCCUGUGAUAGGUGCUGGGCAUUUGGACAUGGAUGUUACUUCCAAGCACCCUUACAAUAAAGCAAAAGAUCAGUCAACUCCAAAUGGUUGGAUACAUGGCUCUCGCAAGUUUUGCAGCCAUUUCAAUCUCAACUCAAAGAAAGGUAGGAUAGAUAAAGGAUCUAAAGAUGUUUCUUGGUGCUUUGAAAUCAGUACUUUGUUUGUGAGAAUUAUUUGGUGACUGGUUGAUGAAAUAUUUACUCCCAACUUACCCGAAAGAAAAAUGAAAGGAGAAGAAGAAGAAGAAGAAGAAGAAGAAAAGUUGGCCACAAGAUUUAUACUAGGACCUGUAAACAUCUUAUUUAUGAAAUUCUUGGCGUAUGGAAUUUAGAAAUUAUGCAAGAAUUCAGUGCUUGAAGUUGAAAUGAAAUGCAAGACCCAAAUGAAUCGGGAA